AUGAAUCAACCGAAUUUGACAGAACUGAGUGAACAUGAUUUAAGAAAACCAACAUCGUCUACACAAUCAGAUCAACAACAAGAACCACGAACCCAAACAAUCUCCUCCUCGUCGACCGCUUCGUCAUCAAGCAAAUCAUCCACGUGUAGCAUCGACGAGCAAUUAUCAUCAUCAGGGAUGGCAUCAUUAUCAGCCAAUAGUCAGAGUCGAAAAUUUUUAUUCAGUAACGAACCGUCAUCAAUAUUUCAUUUUCCCGUUCAAAAAAUGAAUAAUCCAACUGAAAACAAAAUACCUCAUCAUGGAAUAGAAGAAGAGGAGAGCGACGCGAUUUACACGAAUCUUUUACGUUUAUCAGCUACAAUGACUCAGCAACAACCAACACCUGUAAACAAUGCAUUUUCAUGCGCACAAACAUAUCAGUUCUGGCCCGGAAAUGACACAGAGACAAAUGUAAAUAAUGUACAAACACAUCAGCAAUGGAAUGAACUUCAACAGCUGCAUAUGACAAAUCAUUUAGCAAAAUCUUCGAUUCCCUCUUCAAACAUUGCUCUGCAACGAAAAAUGAGAAGUAUAAUAUUACAACAACAACAACAACAACAAAUGUCGUCCACAACAACAUCCUUAAAUGUAACACAACCGUCCAUUCCAUUACAAUCAGUAACAACGAACACAAAUGAGUUAUUAAUGAAUUUGAACGAAUUAUGCUAUCGUGGAUUCGAUGAAUUGAAUGCACUUAUACAAGAACAACGAUGGGUUCAAAAUUAUGUGAACUUAAAUGUGUCAACAUUACCGAAUACUGUUGUUCAGCGAAGUUGUUCAGCACAAGUACUCAUUGUUCCUGAAUAUUUCAUAUUUAAAUGUAAAAAAUUACACGUUUCGGCCAAUCAUGUUUAUGAAGUAAUGGCUACUGGUAGACCAGAAUUACGUUUAAGAGAUUUAUUAUUUGUGUUUAAAUCGUGGCGAGAAGCAAUUGUGGCUUCUGAGCUUGUUCAUCAAGAAGAGGAAGCUAAAUUACGAAUUACAGAUAAUUAUUACAUAAACGAUACAAUGAUACAAGCAGGUAAGAUCACACGAUAAAUCUAUUUUGACCUACUACUAGGAUUGGAACACGGAGGUACAGAAUAUACUCGUUUGCUCAGGAUGUUCGCCGGGGAAAAUUCUUCUAAUUUUCUAAAAAAGCUUGAAAAACAUAGCAUUUUUAGUGAAAAAUAAUUAUAGAAGAAAAUAUUUUGAUACUACUGGGGAAGUCUCUCAUUCUUAACGGGAGAUUCUGCAUCUCUGCUGAAAUGUUUCUAAAGUUUGAAAUUUGGCUUUCGAAAAUGAAUUAUCUAUUUUGAAAGGUUAACACGAGCGUUUUUGAAAGAAGUUUUGGUGGGGGUGGAGAGUCUGCUAAGUAACUAAAGCUUUUUCUUGAGUAACGGAUUUUUUGAGUAAAAUUUUAUUCUGAAUAACUGUCUAACAGUUGUAACUGGAUGAUCAUCAUCAUCAUCAGAAACAUUCUUAACAAUAUUAGAUUCUAGUUUAGCUUUUGUUCGCAAGAAGUAAAUCAAGUAGAUUGGUUGCUGCUAGUGCUAAACGCUUGGU